CUCUAACUCUUAACACGAAGAAACGACAAAUUCCAACAUUUCACGAUGAAGUGACAACGACUGCCAACGAAAGCGCCUCCGACUUUACCUUUUAAAGGAGUGGAUAUAUAUUCAGUUGAUUUUGAUUAUGACAUCAUUUUUUCUUGGGCAAGUUUUAUUUAUUUGACCUUUUUUUUUUUUUUUAAAUCUGGGCAAAUCCCACCGCUGGUUAUCAGUCAGUAGUAGUUUCAGCAGUGGCUCUCAGAAAAUGGGUCAGCAAACCCAAACUACACCAACAAAAAAACCACACCAAACGUUAGUUUUUGCUGUUAAUGGAGAGCUAUUUGAGCUCUCUGAACUUGACCCUUCCACUACUUUGCUUGAGUUCUUGCGUUCUCAGACUUCUUUCAAGAGUGUCAAGCUUGGUUGUGGUGAAGGAGGCUGUGGCGCCUGUCUUGUCCUUCUCUCCAAGUAUGACCCUGUGCAGGACAAGGUUGAUGAUUUUACUGUGAGUUCAUGCCUUACACUACUUUGCAGUGUAAAUGGGUGUUCGAUUACAACAGCAGAGGGAGUCGGAAAUAGCAAGGAUGGGUUCCACCCUAUUCAGGAAAGGUUUUCCGGUUUCCAUGCUUCUCAAUGUGGUUAUUGUACUCCUGGAAUGUGUGUGUCUCUAUAUUCAGCACUCAUUAAUGCUGAUAAAACCGAUAGAACAGGAUUACGUCCUGGAUUCUCCAAGCUAACAGUUCCAGAAGCAGAAAAGUCUAUUGCUGGAAAUCUUUGUCGCUGUACUGGUUACCGACCCCUUGUAGAUGCCUGUAAAAGUUUUGCUGCUGAUGUGGAUAUGGAGGAUUUGGGAUUUAACUCCUUUUGGAAAAAAGGAGAAAGUGAAGACAUAAAGCUGAGUAGAUUACCUCCAUACAAUUGUAACAACGCAACUCGUGUGUUUCCGGAGUUUCUGAAGACGGUGAUUAAGGCAGGUUUCAAUCUGGAAUCUGAAGGGUGUUGUUGGUAUAGUCCUGGAAGUCUUGUGCAGCUCCAAAGCUUGUUGCAAACUGAUGAGGUGAAUGAUGGAACCUCAAUGAAGAUCGUUGUUGGUAACACAGGAAUGGGUUAUUAUAAGGAACUAGGACAUCAUAACAAGUACAUUGAUUUGAGAUAUAUUCCAGAGCUUUCAAUCAUUAGUAAAGACCAGACAGGAAUUAAAAUUGGAGCAUCUGUGACAAUUUCCAAAGCUAUUGAAGCUUUGAAGGAUGAAAAUGACAGUGGAAUUAAUCAUGAAGGUAAGCUGGUUUUCGAAAAGCUUGCUGACCAUAUGGAACGAGUUGCAACAGGGUUCGUAAGGAAUUCAGCUAGUAUGGGAGGAAACCUGAUAAUGGCUCAGAGGAAACAUUUUCCAUCAGAUAUUUCUACAAUACUGCUUUCUGUGGAUACAAUGGUUGAUAUAUUGACUGGUCACAGACAUGAAACUAUAACACUGGAGGAGUUCCUUGGGAGGCCUCCAUUAGUUUCCAACAGUGUUCUUUUAGGCAUUAAAAUUCCAUGCUGGAAGUCAAGGAGGGAUAUUUCUUCUAAAACAUACACCAAAUUGCUAUAUGAGACAUAUCGAGCUGCACCACGCCCUAUUGGAAAUGCACUUCCCUAUUUAAAUGCUGCUUUCUUGGCUGAGGUUUCUCUUUGUAAAAAGUCUGCUGGGAUUGUGCUAAAUAACUGCCGGUUGGCUUUUGGUGCUUAUGGAACAAAACAUUCAAUUAGAGCAAGGAAUGUCGAGGAAUUUCUAUCUGCUAAGUUGCUAAAUUUUGGCGUUAUAUACGAGGCUAUUAAACUACUUGAAAGUACCAUAAUACCUGAAGAAGGCACCAGCAGUCCAGCUUACAGGACCAGCUUGGCUGUUGGCUUUCUCUUUGAGUUCCUAAGCCCCUUAAUGAACAGCUACACAGAUAUUUCUAAAUUGUGGUUUGAUGAAUAUAAUAGUGAUUUGCUGUCCAAUGGUUCCAAAAUAAAACAGAACUGUGACCAGUUCAAUCAAAUAAAAUCCCCAGCUUUGUUAUCAUCUGCAAAGCAGGUGAUUCAGUUAAAUAAAGAUUAUCAUCCGGUUGGAGAGCCACUUACAAAAGUUGGAGCUGUCAUCCAAGCUUCUGGUGAGGCUGUUUAUGUGGAUGACAUUCCAUCUCCGAGAAACUGCCUGCAUGGAUCAUUUAUUUAUAGCACAGAGCCUUUGGCACGGGUGCAGGGCAUAAAAUUUAAGCCUGGAUCAUCACCCCAUGGAGUCUCCACGGUUAUCUCUUUCAAAGAUAUUCCUGGGGAGAAUAUAGGGGCUCAGACCAUAUUUGGUUCUGAAUCUUUAUAUGCAGAUGAGCUUACUCAAUGUGCUGGUCAGCGCAUUGCAUUGGUGGUUGCAGAUACACAGAAAAAUGCAGACAUGGCAGCCAACCUUGCAGUGGUUGAUUAUGACAAGAAGAAUUUGGAACCAAUAUUAUCUGUAGAAGAGGCUUUUGAGAAAUGUAGCUUUUACGAGGUCCCUCAUUUACUUAACCCCGAACCAGUUGGUGCUUUUUCAAAAGGAAUGGCCGAAUCUGACCAUCAAAUUCUAUCUGCUGAGCUCAAACUUGGGUCACAAUACUAUUUCUAUAUGGAGACGCAAGCCGCUCUUGCUGUGCCAGAUGAGGACAACUGCAUUGUAGUAUACAGUUCUUGUCAAUGCCCUGAGUUUGUGCAUGAUACGAUAGCUAAAUGCCUGGGUGUACCUAGUCACAAUGUUCGUGUGAUUACAAGAAGAGUUGGAGGAGGAUUUGGUGGAAAGGCUAUAAAAGCAAUCCCUGUUGCUACGGCAUGUGCACUUGCUGCUUACAAACUAAACUGUCCAGUCAGGAUGUAUGUAAACCGCAAGACUGAUAUGAUAAUGGCAGGAGGAAGGCAUCCAAUGAAAAUAACUUACAGUGUAGGAUUCAAAUCUAAUGGGAAGAUUACGGCCCUAAAACUCGAUAUAUUAGUUGAUGCAGGGAUGUCAGCCGACAUAAGUCCAGUUAUGCCACAUAACAUAAUUGGUUCACUUAAAAAAUACGACUGGGGUGCCUUAGCUUUUGAUAUAAAGGUAUGCAAAACAAACCUUCCAAGUAGAUCAGCAAUGAGGGCCCCUGGGGAGGUACAAGCAUCAUUUAUUGCUGAAGCUAUAAUAGAACAUGUGGCAUCCUCCCUUGCCCUGGAAGUUGAUUCUGUCCGAAAUAUUAAUCUCCACAAGUUUGAAACGCUUAAAUUAUUUUUCAAGACCUGUGCUGGUGAACCAUUGGAAUAUACUUUACCUUCUAUAUGGGAUAAGUUAGCCAUUUCUUCAAACUUUUACCAUAGGACUGAAAUGUUAAAAGAGUUUAAUAGGUGUAAUAAAUGGCGGAAAAGGGGAAUUUCUCGAAUACCUAUUGUGCAUCCAGUAAUCUUAAGAGCAACCCCAGGGAAAGUAAGCAUUCUACGUGAUGGAUCUAUUGUUGUUGAAGUUGGAGGAAUUGAGCUCGGUCAGGGUCUUUGGACAAAGGUAAAACAGAUGACUGCAUAUGCUCUCAGCUUGAUCCAAUGUGCUGGAAAUGAAGAACUUUUAGAGAAGGUGAGGGUCAUACAAGCUGAUACCUUGAGUUUAAUUCAAGGCGGUUUUACUUCUGGCAGCACGACAUCUGAAUCAAGCUGUGAAGCUGUUAGACUUUGCUGCAAUAUCUUGGUUGAGAGACUUACUGCUCUAAAGGAGAAGUUGGAGGAGCAAAUGGGACCUGUAAAAUGGGAGACACUGAUUCUUCAGGCAUAUAUGAUUUCCGUGAACUUGUCUGCAAAUUCAUUAUAUGUACCGGACUUUUCUUCCAUGCAAUACCUAAACUAUGGUGCUGCAGUGAGUGAGGCAAAGAUAAACCUUUUAACUGGUCAAACCACAAUAUUGCAGACAGAUAUCAUAUAUGAUUGUGGCCAAAGCUUAAACCCCGCCGUGGAUUUAGGACAGAUUGAAGGGGCUUUUGUUCAAGGAAUAGGGUUCUUUAUGCUUGAAGAAUACCCCACAAACUCGAAAGGAUUAGUGGUUGCAGAAGGCACUUGGUCAUAUAAGAUCCCCACGGUGGAUACUGUACCUAAAAAGUUUAAUGUUGAAAUCCUGAACAGUGGACAUCAUAAAGACCGUGUACUUUCAUCAAAAGCUUCCGGAGAGCCGCCACUAAAACUAGCGGCUUCCGUUCACUGUGCUAUAAGAGCAGCCAUAAAAGAAGCCAGGCAUCAACUUCAUUCAUGGGGUGGCCUGGAUGAGUCUUAUUCGACGUUUCAAUUGCAGGUACCUGCCACCAUGCCGGUGGUGAAGGAGCUCUGCGGGCUUGAAAAUGUCCAGAGGUUCUUACAGUGGACAAUAGGCAGCAAGCAACUGCAUUCCGCAGGCGGAACAGUUUAGGUUCUACUUCAGUUUCUUCACACGAAACUACAGCAAGUAAGUUAGACAUAAACUUCCAUUUCUAGAAGGCAUUUCAUCCGUAUUAGGAAACAUGUAAUCGCUGUUAAUUAAAAGAUCGAGAUGUAAUUCAAAAUAAAAUCAUAGUUUCACAUGUACAAUAGCAUUAAACUGAAGUUCGCCUAUUACAUUGUAAUUUUAAGAUUUAUUCUUAAAUUUUAAUAACAAAAUUCAGGUAAAAUUUAA